CAUGAUCUUGAGAGUUUUUCGAAGUUUGUAGACGUAUUUUUAAUACGUUUUUUCUUGUCGUUAUCUUGCUAUUUUUUUAUAGAUGUUACGUUUAUCAUUUACUGCAUGCUAACCACGCCUGACGUUGCCAUUGCCAAUACGCCACUGAGGGUAGGUGACAUGCCUAGCAGUCGCGACCUCGACCGCGUGGAUCGUAAUGGCCGAUACAAAUCCCGUCGUCGUGAAAGCGGGACAGACAUCCUAAAUCGCCUCCUGCCCGACAAGAAGCACCGUAAACAUGGUAAAUCAAAGACCUCAAAGAAGAAGAAAAAACACAGUCGCGAUCGUCUCGACUCAGUUCCUUCAGUAGCCUCAUCAGUGGUAAAGCCACUCGUUGAGUAUUCGGACGUCUCCAGUGAGGACUUAUCCGGCCCUGAAGCCGGUGAAAUACAGUCGGAGGAGUCGCGUGGUGCAAGUUACACGGACGGUGAGCCAGUGGAGACACUUCUUCGGCCAAAAUACUAUGCCUCACCACCUCGUCCCCUUGGCGCAUCACCAAUCAGUCUUUCGCCAUCACCACCGAUGCAUCGUCACUCUGCUCCAUACUCCCCCCAGGGGGAGGCACCCCAACAAUCACCGGAGUACGAGGAAGAGAAUCGUCGUUAUGUCAGGAGAAAAGAGAAGAAACACAAACGCGAGAAGAAGAAGAAGAGAUCCCUGAGUCCCUCUUCGAGCUCCUCAAAGAAGAAAAAACGUAAAUCAAAAAGGACCUCGAGAUCACCCCCGAGAAUUUUGCAGGAAGUGUCUUCUCCAAUUCCUCCAAAGCAAAUUGAUACAUGGCCAGAGUCUCCUCCCCUUCCCCUGAAGGAUUCAACGUCACCAAUAUCACCAGCUACUCCUCGUGAUAACAGGUCACCAAGUGAUAUGGACCUAGAGUCUCCACCUCGUGAAGAGACAAAUAUCACCCCUCCUGGGAGCAUAAUGACGAGAAGAACAGAAUCACCUCACACUCCUCUGUUACCACCGAGACCACCCCUUACUCCAGAGCUCCCAAAGUCCCCAGAACAAAUGAAGUCACCAUCCCCUAGACGAAGUUUGAGCCCACUGGAGACGAGCCUCAGUAGAAGACGAGUCCAUUCCCCGAGUCCUCGACGAAGGGAGCCCUCACCUUCCCCGAGAAGGAGGGAGUAUUCGCCCAUGGGAAUGCUGAGGAUGCGUCACACUCCAAGUCCCAGUAGACGAAGGGAAUACUCUCCAAGUGCCAUGCACAGACGACGUGACCCGAGAUCCUCUGUAUCACCUCCAGGCAAGAGACGACGAAGGGAUGAUUCUGAAAGACGUCACCGACAUCACGAGAAGGAACGAAGGGACAAUAAGAGGAAAUCUCGGUCGACUAGGAGCCCACCUGGACGAGGACUACCUUUGCCUUUAUCCAGAUCAAGAUCGAGAAGCCCCAGGAGCUGGAGAAAAUUGACAAGAUCGAGAUCAAGAUCGAGGAGAAGGAGUAGAUCCCCGAGAAAGUCGCGAUCCCCCAAACUUCUCAAAUCACUGAGAAAACACAGAUCGAAGAGUCCCAGGCCAUUGAGGGCAUCAAUACCAUCACCAGGUCCGCACAGACCACGAGUGAGAAGUCCAUCGAGUUUGAAAGCUAUCAAUCUACGAGGACAAGCGAAAAUUAACGAGACAAGUCUCUUCGCUGAACUAGUCAAGGACAGGAACAUGAGGGAAUUGGCUUACAAGAAGCUGCAGGAAGCUAAGGAGAAGGCUGGCAAUCAGGACGAAGUACAGAUAAUUGAAGGCAAUGACGAGAGAGACUCGAAUCAUUCAUCAGAUGAUAAGAUUAGUGAUAAAUCGGCUAAUGGAAAGAUGAUUGAGGCAAAUCCUGAGGUUCUCACGAUAAUAGGCCCAGCAGCAGCGGUAGGUUCAGGGCCUCCAGCCGUUAAAUCCUCUGAGGAGGCUGGUCUUACACCUCCACUUCCUCAGCUGUCUCAGGAAACUCCGCCAAUACCUACUAAUAAUUUAGGACCAGAGCCAACGCCGCCACCACCACUACCUCCAGCCCCUCCUCUACCCCCUAACAAUGGAGCACUGGGAUAUCCAGUGAGGACACCUCCUCCAGAGCCAUUGCCAAUACCAACAAUUACAAGCUCUGGACUUUCAAUUUCAUCUCAUCAGACACAUCAGCCGUCAAGCCUCAUCACUAGUGCUAUUUCAAAGUUCAAUACUCCUAACAAUAUUGUUCCUUUGAAGUCAGUGGAUCCGCCAAAGACUCCGAUCAUCAAAUUUAAGACAAAAAGCCUUUCAAAGCUGCCACUACCACCUGGAAUCAAUCAGAACGAUUUGGAGAGCAUUGAUUCACCACCAAGCAGAUCUCCCAGUCCGCCGAAGGUGAAGCCUGCAGCUGUGACAACUCCAGCAGCCAAAGUGGCAGUCAAAAAGGGAAUCAAGGAUCUACCAAUGCCUCCAGGAAUGAUCCCAGGGGGUGAUGACUUCUCUGGUGAAGAGGAUCCUAAUGCCACUCCUCCCAGGGGAAAAAUAGACAGAGUAGCACCCAAACCAAAGCUCAAGAGGCCGAAAAUCCUGAAGAGACGAAGCUCCAGGAACUGCCACAUGCCCAUGUCUGCCAGUGGUGGUAAAGACUGGGGGGAGAGGUGUGUUGAUGUGUUUGAGGUGAUCGCACAGAUUGGUGAGGGGACUUAUGGACAGGUUUAUAAAGCCCAGGAUAAGAGGGCUGCGGUGCUUGUUGCCUUGAAGAAAGUCAGGUUGGAAAACGAGAAAGAGGGAUUCCCUAUCACUGCUGUCAGGGAGAUCAAAAUUCUCAGACAGCUCAAUCACAAAAAUAUUGUCAAUUUGAGGGAGAUUGUCACUGAUAAACAAGAUGCUAAAGACUUCAGGAAAGAUAAGGGGAGCUUCUACCUCGUGUUUGAGUAUCUGGAUCACGAUCUGAUGGGACUGCUGGAGUCUGGAAUGGUGGAUUUUGAUGAGAUGAAUAAUGCUAGUAUCAUGAAACAGCUUUUGGAUGGUCUCAAUUAUUGUCAUGGGAAGAAUUUUCUUCACAGGGAUAUUAAGUGCUCCAAUAUUCUUAUGAAUAACAGGGGAGAAGUUAAACUGGCUGAUUUUGGAUUAGCGAGAUUGUAUAAUGCUGAAGAUAGACAGCGUCCUUAUACAAACAAAGUCAUAACCCUGUGGUAUCGUCCACCAGAGCUGCUUCUCGGUGAGGAGAGGUAUGGGCCAGCCAUCGAUGUCUGGAGUUGUGGCUGUAUUUUAGGCGAAUUAUUCUGGAAGAAACCAUUAUUUCCGGGCAAUGCAGAAAUGCAACAACUAGACAUGAUAUCCCGGGUAUGUGGCACCCCGACUCCAGCAGUCUGGCCAUCUGUGAUAAAACUUCCCCUUUUUCAUCUCCUGAAAGCCAAGAAAACCCACAGACGCAGAUUACGCGAGGAUUUUUCAUUCAUGCCAUCCCUCGCUCUAGAUCUACUCGACAAAAUGUUAGAACUGGACCCAGACAAACGAAUUACAGCAUCCGAGGCCUUGAAAAGCGCAUGGCUGAGGAACGUGCAGCCAGAGUUAAUGCCAGCACCUGAAUUACCCACAUGGCAAGACUGUCACGAACUGUGGAGCAAAAAACGACGAAAACAGAUGAGAGAACAGGCUGAGACAGCAGCAACGGGAAGGGACGUUGGAGGAUUUUUUUGAGGUGAGGUUUUUGGCGUUUAUCUGCUGAAUUCAAUCUCAUUGAUUGAAUUUGCUGUCAAUUUUUGAAGAAUUGAGAGCAGCAAUUCACGGAAUUUGGUUUCUCUUUGGAGAAUUGCAGUCAUUGAUUUGUUAGCAAAUUUAGGAGUCGAUGGCUUGAUUCAGUUUAAAAGAAUAUGAAUGUUGAAUAAUAUGGAAUGUCUUAGUAAAAUUUAUAAUAGUCUAUGAUUUAUUGAUACUUAGGAGUUAUGAAAAUGGAACUAAUGACCUCUCAUGGGCCUGACUAAUUGAUUAUGGAUUUCAUGUAUUAUUAACUCGUGAUGCAUUCUACUGAUCCCGCAAAAUGUUCUCAUUUGCUUUAUUGACUUUCAAUAAAUAUUUGAACAUGAAAACUUUGUUUAUCCAGCACUUGAAAAAUUGUAAAUUGAAGACAUUCGUAAAAAAGUAGUCAGCAUCUUAUAAUAACAACACAAGGAACUUUUUAAAGGUUAAAAAGGGUAAAAAUGAUUUUUUACUAUUGAACGGGGCAGAAUCGAUCGUUUCGCAAGUUCGGUAGUAAUUCCGAUAUUCGGACAUAUAUCAGGAACUGGCUAAUGGGUUCCACGAUUCAAUUAAGGCUUCAAAAUUUAACUGGCCGUUAUCCCCGUAUAUUGUUAGCUCUUCGCGACUACUUGAGAUUGACACAUACUUCUUUCGUAAGAAUUGCAUUGUUUGUUUAUCAUCUGAUAUUCUGACGGAGAUGAGGACAUUGGGAAGUAUGAUAAAUAAAAAAUCAAAAUUAUUCAUAUGAAAAUUAUUAUUAAAAAACUUAUUUUGGUUCUGUUAAAAUGCUUCUUAAGAAAUUGUUGUGACGGAUUCAUGUGUUAAUUUUGAAAUUUAUGUAAUUGUAAAUUAAUGCCAAAAUGCUGAUGAAAAUCGUUGAAUGGAAAUGAAGCGAAGACUAGAUUGAAAGAAUAUUUAAUAUAUUUAAAAAUCUAUUUAGAAAAAAAUAUGAGAUAAUUUUGUGAAAUUGGUAAAUUGCAAGUGUUCCGUCAAUGUCAGGCGAUGUAAAAUAAUUUUGAAAUGAACAAUAGGUUUAAAGGGGAUUCAUGAGAGUAAUCAUUUGUUUGUUAAAAGUCACUCGACUCAAAUGUCAAAGAAAACUAUUAUUUUGAAUGAAAAAUGCAUACGAAAUUAAUUUACAUGAGACGAUCUGUCUUCAUCAUAUUAAUUCGACAUCCUUGUAAUUACUUUCAGAGUGAAAAUUUUAUUAUCCUCCUAGAUUCAGAGAUAGGCACCAACACCUAAUCCUCAAAAUAAAUUUUACAAUGUUUCAUUUCCCCAGCGGAAAAACUAAUUUGUCAAAUUUCUAGUCUGUAAUCACAAAAUGAGUAUCAUAGAUCACUUGAUCUAUUUUUGAACCAACAAUUAUUGAUCAGUGAAGGAAAUUAUUAAAAUAUCUGAAAAUUUGGUAGACAUAUUAAAAAGUUAAUUUCUACCUUUUUGUAGCUCUCAUUCUCUUGUACAAAAAAAGUUGAAGUGAAAAAAUUCACUGACUCCCUCAGAUUAACAGAGAUUCACUAAAGUCUGAUUCUCGAGUUUGAUAAACAUGUAACAAAAGAAUCUCAAUUGAAGAAGAAUUUUCAAUGCGAAAAUUCAUGAAUUUAGAAGACUUGAUUUAUUUUAGAAUAAAAAUUCAUGAUAAAUGAACGAAAUGACAAUUUU